AAUUUGUGGGAGAGGACUGUGACGUGAGGCGUCGGCACGGCAGUGGAAGCUGACAUGGCACCAGAGAAUAGCAAGAGUGUGUCCGCCGCGGCGGGGUCCGCUGGGGAGGCGGCGCCUUCAGAGACCCCUGAACCGCCGGCCGCCCGCCGGCGCUCCCUGCGCACGCCCAAAUGUGCCCGCUGCAGGAACCACGGCGUUGUGUCGUGCCUCAAGGGCCACAAGAGGCUGUGCCGCUGGAAAGACUGCCAGUGCGCCUCGUGCCUGCUGGUGAUGGAACGACAGAGGGUGAUGGCCGCUCAGGUGGCCCUGCGCAGGCACCAGUCGGCCGAGCUGGCCGGCGCCGGCUCCGACCGAAGACCGCGCACCUCCCAGGCGUUGGUAGCGCAGCGAAAACUCUACCACAACCACCUGAGGACACUCAAAGAGAGCACUCUGGCCCGGGACCUCCUCCAGAGCUACCGUUCCCGACUGGGUCGCCUUCUCCCCGGCCAGGAGCGCUGCGGUCAGCUGCAGGUACCCAUGUCCGACAAACUGCGGCGGCGCCGCGCACUGGCCGACUCCCAGCUGGAGGCGGCAGCUCUCCGUGAGGAGUACGAGAACAUGGUGCGUCGCGCUGCGCCACCACCGCCCCCUCCGCCACCACCGCCGGCACAGCUGGCGGCGGAUGGCGCGCUGGCGCGUCUGGCGCGUCUGCUGCCGCUGCGGCCCCUGCCGCUGCUGCAGGCCGCUCUACAGCCGCUGUACCUAGCACCCACCCUGCAGCAGCUCAGCCUGGGGCCGCGGCCCGACUUCGGCAGGCCGCUGCUGCUCCCUGCCGAGACGGCCUGUCCUCAGCUGGUCAACUCACCGGGCUCAGCGUGCUCACAGCUUACCAGCUCACCGGGCUCGGCCUGCUCACAGCCACUGAGCCUCUCCCCUGGAGCUGAUCAGGCCCGCACCCCGUCACCGGCCUGGGAGAGCUCCGGCUCAUCAGCAGAGGACAGGAGUCGCCCAUAUCCCCCGACGUCCGCCGGCUGCGGCGCUCCCCAGCGCUCAGCGUUCGGCCUGCCCCUGGCGGCGGGGUCGGAACCUGUAGUUGGGGCGCCAGCCAGCUCAGCCAUUGUAGAUGACGCCACGGGUGACCGCUUCGAGGCGCAGGACUCGUUGGCCUAA